AUGGUUAACGUUGGCCACAUCGUUCAUCAUGCUCUUCACCCACAUGCACACGGGCAUGAACAUUCCACUUCACAUCACAAGACCGCGACACCUCCCACGAAAGGUUCCCAUACACGUCGGUGGAUAACCAAAAUGCCCUCUGCAUAUACGAAAGCUCAAACCAUCGAGUGGCUGUCUUUCAUCGAAUAUGAAGUCACUGACAAGGUUGUGAAGCAAGUCGAGACAGACACAUUUCCCGCGAACUUGGAUACCUUAAAUGAGCUUAGUCGGCUUUAUCUUGUCGCAGUGCCGUUUGAAAACACGGAGAUACAAUAUGAUCCAUCUCAUGAGCUCGACAUUGAGCCUGAGGCUCUGUUCCAGCGCUUUGUGAGGGAUAAGAAAGGGUCUUGCUGUUUUGGCAAGUCCGGGAUGCUUUUUGAAAUGCUCCGAAGUCUUGGGUUCCGUGUCUAUGGCGGCCAGGCAAGGGUCAACAACACCGAUUUCACUCCCGGUGCUACCCCAGAGAACCCCGCCUUCACACCUCCAUUACACAUAAUCACUUUCGUUCAACCCCAUCCCGAUAGCACCGAGACCUACCUUCUCGAUAUCGGAUUCGGUGGGACUGGUCUUGUGAGACCCAUUCUACUUGAAGAUGGUGCCGAAGUGUACGGGUGUACGCACACAGAGAAACACAGACUUGUAAAGAGACCGUUCCCCGGAGCGAUAUCUGCGCAGGACCCACCUGAGGAAAUGUGGGCUCUGGAUGUCGUUCGCUUCAAGAAUGGAAAUGAAAAAAGCAGCAACGUCUACAUGUUCGACGAAACGGAGCAUUACCAGGAAGACUAUAUAAACGCCAAUUUCUAUGUUUCUAAUUUCCCCUUCGGUACACCCUUCUACGGGCACCUCGUACUCAUCAAAAACUUCUUCGUCAACGAGGAUCAUGAGGAUUUGGGAACGCUGAUCUUGUGGGGUAACUCGGUGAGGAGGAAUGUGGGCACCAAGGGAGAGCUUUUAAGGAGUUUUAAGAAUGAACAGGAGAGGAUCCUCGCAAUAAAGGAGUUCUUCGGGAUCGAAAUAAACAUGAAAGAGGGACUGGAAGCGAUAAAGGGUCGUCAUUCCGCAUUGACGGCGUAG